AGUCGGUCUUCAUUCUGGUCACGAUUUGGCUGGUCGUCUCGGAUCUCGCUCCCGGCUCGCACGUCGUUACGUCCCCCAUCCCGACAUGGUGUCAGAAGUGGUGGCAGCUGAAAUAGCUGCAUAGGCUACUGCGCAUUCCGGAGCAACGCGGAAAUGGCCCAGGACGAAACCAAAACGGCACCUCCUGCAGAAUGGCUCAGUGUCUCUUUCCGACAGCCGGAACCCUUCAACUUUUCCAACCCAGCAAGUUGGCCGUCUCGGAAGUCACGUUAUGAAGAUUAUGCUGCAGUGUCAGGAAUACAGCGUGCCGCGUCCAACGUGCAAUGCAAUGGUGUCUCCCUCGAGUUGCCGGUCAACUCAGGAGAAGCAUCAGCAAACGGCAAGUCCACUGCCUGCUUGGCACCAACCGAGAAUGACAUAGCAGCUGAUGCCAACUUGGACGAAACCUUGAAAGAGGAGGCCAUUGAGAUGCGCUGGACACAGGCACCCCCUGCUGAAGCUCCACAGGAAGACAAUGCAGCAACCACGAUUGACGAUGAAACUGAGAUUAUUUGUUCAUUGUCAUCUGAGCCAAAAGAAUCGGCAGUGCCCAUGGGUCUGCAAGAUGCCACAACACAGACAGAUGAGGCUGCACAAACCACUGCCAGCAGGGAGGUGCAGUGUUGCCCACUGGUAACAGAGGAUGCAGUGCAGACAGGUCUGGUGGUGAUGUCGAAGGAGGAAAUCUGCCAGCUCCUCACCCCCGACUUUUUUGCAUCCCUGAAACGAGCCGAGUUGGGCCGGAUCCUUGGCAUCGUAGCUGCAGUUGUAGCACAGGACUCACAGCACUGAAAGCACCAUGGCUGUGGUCAUCUGUCAAAUACUCAUCAUACACACAGCCGUGCGUCCAACAGCACUUCCAUUUCCACUCCAGAGGGCUUUAAUAAUGCACAUAGGUAAUCACAGUGUGCAGACGUGUUGUCUCAUUGUGUGUUAUUGGCAUUCCUCACCUGUUGUCAACUGAGUCUUUAUUGACAUUGUGCAUUGGCUGCCAAUGUAAGAGUUACAUCUUUUACAUUUUCAGCUUAUAUUAUGUGCUUCUUGUUUCAUGUGUAGCGACUGUACAGCUUGCAGCCGACUGUAAAAUACCGAUCAACGUUGGGAAUAAUGCAGGAAACAUUGGUGAAGGGGCUCUUGCUCAGAACUGCCAAAAUGUUCUGAGGUCGUUUGAUCGGUAUUUUACAGUAUUUGAUGCAUACCAUAUGAACGUGUGCUUCUGCAUCUGAUCCAGUCCACAUAAAGGGAGGAUUUAUAGAAACCGGCUCUACUAAGAUCCUUCUUUUGGACGUUCUUUUGCGGGCAUCAUCUGCCAGAUACCGGAGCAUGCCUCUGAAUGCUUUUAAUUGGGCUGCAAGUUGAUAAGGUAAAGUCAUGCAUGUGUGUGAUACAUUUAAUGUUUCUAUGAACGGGUGAGAAAGUUCAACAGUGUGGCUGGUAUGCUUUCUUGUCACCAUGUUUUGUGUCCUCAUACCUACCGCUCACUGCAGCAACUGAAUUUUGGAUGAGGUGAUCACAGUAGGGCUUGUUGCUGAGCUAGUUGGUUGUCUGUCUUUGCAUCGUUGCAGUUUUUUCCUAAAGAUCACAGCAGCGAUGGCCAAAUUGCAACUCUCACCAAAAUAUGUGUUGUACAUACAAGUCUCCUUUGUUUAAGAUGUAAAUUAGACAAACACAGAAUUUAGGGGACACUGCACAAAAAUCUGAUUGGCCAUUGACCUCCUAGUGGUUUCUUGGUUUGCACAAUGGUGUUUCUGCCUAUUGUAGCUCAUCACUGGGUGUGUGCUGGGAGAAUGCACAGGCCCGUUUUUUGGAAGAUUUAGCAGAGUGUCAGUCUAGUGUUUUGCUGCUACGUUAGGUUACCUAUUUCAAAUGAACAGCCUUUGCUGGACGGUUGGUUUUCCUCUUUCUAGAUUUUUGUGCCCUCAUGCUUUCCCUUGUCAGGUUUUUUUACAGGCUCGCACUAAAGAAAGAAGUAAUUUUCCACACAGUUUUUGGUGAUCACUGGGGCAUCAAGAAUUGGUUACGAUAGGGUGCUAGCUCUUCUAGACUGAGAAAGCAUAGUGCUAUACUUCUUUGCUUAGAUUAAGUGAUGUGGUCUUUUUCACUCUGAUACAUUCAGUGACGGCUAUUACAAAGUCAGCAGCAUAGAUGAGAGCACUUAAAUUGCUUCAGUUGGCUGGCAAUGUUUGAAAUGUACAGUUAGUCCUGUGUCCAGUUUUUUCAUGCACAUAUUUCAGCCACAUUUCUGUUUAGUAACUCAUUUAGGCUUUCUUGCAAAAUUUCGCUUUCUGCCCUUUGAAUAUGGUAGUUCAUUACAGAGAAGUGUGGGUAAAUAAUUGAUUGUAUUUUCCUUCACAAAUAUCAGCCUCAUCAAUAUAAUUUUUUUAAUAAAGACUUGUGCAACUGUAAUUUGCACAGUCUUGUAACUUCACAGUUAAAAUGGUCAGAUUCUUUCUUCCUAAACGAGGGGAUUAUCUAUUUCACUGCUGAUAACAUUCUAUUUAUGGUAUUGUAUCAUAGUAGCUUGCGUUUGGAACCUUUUUUAAGUGUCAUAGCAGACAUAUUGUUAAAGCAGUGCACAGGAAGACACAUUCAUGCACUCAUAAAGAAGACACAGACGCAAGCACUGUGUAAAGAAGCACUUGUGUUUGCAUCUUUGUGUGAGUGAAUGUGUCUUUCGAGCACUGCUUCCUCAAUAUCACCAACUAGACCAUCAUUACAUAUUACAAUCAUAGUGGACUGCAAUUUUGUUCUCGCAAUGGGCGCUUCACACUUUUUAUGUAUGCUCUUCUUUAGUGUCGCUUUGGUGUGCACUAUUUAAAUGAAAUUCAUUGAGCAAGUCAGAGUAACACCCUCUAAUGGUGUUGAAACUUUUAAAUGCUAUAUCAGUAACUGCAGCAUUUAUGAUCGGAGUGCUCUUCACACUUUCUUCCUUGUUUUUGCUGGUGUAAGCACUGCCACUUCUCAGUUUAUAAUCGAGUUUCAUGGCUUGAACAUAUGUUCCUUUGUCAUUUGUGAAACAUAAUCACUGUAUUGAAGUAGUUCUUUUUUUGUGAUCAACCUCCAGGUGUACAUUUUAGUCUUGGACCUGAAACAUCGAAAUAAAUGGUUGUACACCUUUUAA